GUGUGCUGCAGCGAGAGAGAGCAGCGAAACAGAAAGAGAGGGAGUGUGUGUAAAAGAGAGAGAGAAGAGAGAUAGAAGAGGGGGGGGAGGUAGGUGGGCUGGCAAAACAAGCCACAUGCAUAAGGAGGCAGCCAGAGGCACAGAGACAGAGAGAGGGAGAGAGUGUGUGAGUGUGUGAAAACACUGCGCAUGUGUGACCGACUGGAGCAGACGGAGAAGGAGAAAGAGGAGUGAUGAACGGCAGCUGAAACAAGAGGAAAGGGGAAAGAGGGAGGAAGAAGAAGAAGAAGAAGAAGAAGAAGAAGAAGAGAGCUUUACCUGAAAACCAGGAGGAAGAGAACGGACGUCAGAGAGAAAACACAGCACAGGUCACUGCACAGACAUAAGGUGAAUAAUUUGAGAGGUGGAGGGGAUGGAGAAGGAGAGACCAGGGGGAGACGCUCAGCUACAGAACGGAGGAGAAGGAGCAGGGGUGGGAGAGUGAAGGACAAAAAGGUACCAGAGAGGAGAGAGGGAUGCGGAAAAGCAGCCCCGAGACAUGACGCAUCCACCUUGUAACAGCUUCCUCCAUCUUACAUCUCCUCCAUGUUUUCCUCCCCUCACCACCGCCGAAACCACCACUGCUGCUGCUGCUGCUGCUCCCGCUUGUUGUCCAUCCUGCUAAGAAUCAAACAGACAGGAGAGAGCAUCCUCCCUCCGGUGACACAUAACGGCCCAACAUAGAGACUGAGCGGCUUGGUUUUAUCUUCACAGAGCAGCAGCAUCAACAACAACAAAAACAACAACAACAACAACAACAACGUCGACAGAAAUAACAGGAACAGGAGGCGAGGAAGGACUCGAACGAGACAAGUGCGUAGUCAGACAGGUAGGUGGCCCAAAGUUAUCCUGAGGACAAGUUCUGAGUCUGAGACACUGAAAAAGGGAGACAAGCACAGAGGCAUUCUUCAGACUGUUAUCACAUCUUCUCAGUUUGGGAGGACUGUCUGAAAGUCCAAAACAAACCCUUCACUCCCACCUCUGAGGAAUUCAGGAGCCUUGGAGUUUGAAGGAGUCAUUCCAACGGAGCAUUAAAAAAAAGAAGAAAAAAAGACCUCCUCCAUUUCUCUUACGGACAAGUCACCAAAAAGGUCACACAGGGUCACCUGAUCAAGGACCAAGAGCAGAGAAAAAGACUGGAGGUUGUUUUUUUUCUUUCUCACGCACUCGAGUUAAUGUGUAACACACCCGCAGCCAAAAACAGGAAGUUAAGCGGGCCUUUAAGUGAGAAAUCUAAGGGCUAGUUUGAGAAGGCAAGAGUUUCCUUGGCAGGCCACAGGAUAUACUUUAAGACAAUAGCUCUUGGACCUUUUUGAACUGCCUGAACUCAACCUACCACCUGUCCCCCACCCCCAAACUCUGUGAAUGCAGAAAUCCACCAACCUGUACUGUAUGUAUAUACGUGAGCAUCUGUAUGCAUAUGAGAUUAUUUAUUGGUGUCAUCACUAAGUGAGAACAUAUCUUUGUGCUAAAUUGCUGUGCUUUGUGUGUGAAUAUUCUGCAAAUAGCCAUCAGAGACAGCACAGGAACAUCAGCAUAAGGUGUAAAAACAACAAAAGAAAAACUACCUUUAAAUAGUCAACACUGGUCACAUACUGUAAGCUGGACUGUUAAAUCAUCUGUACAUAUCAGAAAAAGAGCUGCAGAUUGCGGUGCUCUGGCUGAGCUCCUCUAUCUGUCUUCCCCUCAUAAAGACUCAGGCUGAUAAUAGCGCCCACCACAGGGGGGAUCUGUGAGGGAAACAUGGAGGCAACCAUUCGUCCCCACGUUCCCUCGAAUGGCUGACUUAACAGAAGGAGCCCAAGUCUUUCCCCUUUGUCCAGAACCAGGCAGGGUUGUCCAGCGCUGAUAAGAGCCACAGCCCCUCUCUCUUCCACCUUCAAAAACGUGCGAAUGUCCUGCCUCAGGCGUCAGCCCGUCACCAUCCCCAUGGACACCGUCAAGAUCAUCCAGUCGGAGAAGUUCCCCAGAGAGUGCCCUGUGCCCGUCACCCAGCCUCGCUAUGCCCCACCCCCCAGAGUGGCGUGGGACGGUGGAGGUGAAGGCGAAAUCAUCGUCAACCAGGCCUGCAGUGACCUGACCCUGGACAUGACAGGGUCCCCCCGGUCUAUGGUGUCCCCCGCAGCUCCAGUGAUGCGCAGGGAGCAGAGCUUCCUGGCGCAGCGCAAAACCAGUGCCAACGAAAUCUGCUACCACCAGUUCCACUACAAGAUGGAAGACGUCAUCGUCAACCAGUACGUGCUGCGCUCCUCCUCCACCUCCUCCUCCACUUCUUCCUCCUCCUCCUCGGGACCCGUCAUGCCCUGCGAGCCCCUGGACUGCCCCACCUGCGGUCACACCUACAACUUCGCUGGCAAGCGUCCGCGCAUCCUUUCCUGCCUGCACUCGGUGUGUGAGGAGUGCCUGCAGAUCCUCUACGAGUCCUGUCCCAAGUACAAGUUCAUCUCCUGCCCCACGUGCCGACGCGAGACAGUGCUGUUCACUGACUAUGGCCUGGCUGCUCUGGCCAUCAACACCAGCAUCCUGAGCCGCUUGCCCUCUGACCCCAACGGGCCCGUGCAGUGGGGCGGGGACGCCGACCGCAGCUGCUACCAGACUGUGCGCCAAUACUGCCAGUCAGCCUGCACCUGCCAGAUCGCCAACCCCUUGUCCUCCUGUGGCAUCAUGUAGACAAGGGGGGACACUGCAGGCAUGACUCGACGCUGCCCGACCCCCUCCACCUAAACCCUCACCACUCUUUUCGUCUAUAAGCUCUCCCCUCUCUGUCAAUCCUCUCUCACACACACAUACAUACGGUAAAUAAAUCCCUCCACAGAUGUUAUCUCUAUAUAUUUAAUAGCACAGAUGGAUACUGUGUGGGACUAAUGGAUGCCGGUGGUUCAAUAAAUAGUAAAUAAAUGUAUUUUAUGUAUGGACUGGAAUCCUAUUCACCCUCUCUCGUUUGGUUGGACGUGUUUGUCAUUGACAUCUCUUUACAUGGGAAUGCCAGGGGAGGUCUAUCCCCCCAACCUAGGUGAAUAAAGAUUAAAUAAAUGAUAAAAGC